CUCUCUCUCUCUCUUUCCAGAGCACAAAGAGGGGGCAGACUGGAGGAAAGCUGUGCCCAGCUACACCCAGUCCAGCAGCACCAUGGACUUCCGCACGUGGAGCUCUCUGCCCCGCGAUGACAGCCUGGAGCCCCUGCCCCUCAACUGGGAGAUGGCUUACACUGAGACCGGCAUGGUCUACUUCAUAGAUCAUAACACCAAGACGACCACGUGGUUGGACCCCCGCCUGGCCAAGAAAGCGAAGCCCCCCGAGAAGUGUGAGGAUGGAGAGUUACCUUACGGCUGGGAGGAAAUUGACGAUCCACAGUACGGCACAUACUACGUCGACCACAUCAACCAGAAAACCCAGUUUGAGAACCCGGUCCUGGAGGCAAAGAAGAAGCUGAGCCAGGAGACGGCUGCGAUCCAACAAGCUGCAGCGGCACCUACCCAGGGUAAAGGAGGUGCGUCUGGCUUCACUGCAGACCCCAGCCAGCUGAAGGGUGAGAUGUACCACACAGCGCUGAAGAAGAGCCCACAGGGGUUUGGAUUCACCAUCAUUGGAGGCGACCGCACAGACGAGUUCCUGCAGGUGAAAAAUGUGCUGAGCGACGGCCCUGCUGCCCACGACAACAAGAUGGCGUCCGGUGAUGUGAUUGUUGAGAUAAACGGGUUGUCCGUGCUCGGGAAGACCCAUCCAGAGGUGGUGCAGAUGUUCCAGUCCAUUCCCAUCAACCAGUAUGUGGACAUGGUGCUCUGCCGUGGUUACCAGCUUCCUCCAGAUGUGGAUCUAAACAGCGAUGACCCUCUUCCACCUCCUCCGCCCCCGCCUGCCUCUCAGCCCCCGCAGGCCCUGCACGGCGGAGAGGUGGUCACCGCUGUGCCGCUGAUCAACGGACAGCCGCUGCUCGUGAAAGGCGAUGUCCUCCACGGCUCCUCGCAGGAGCUCCACUACGUCACAACAGACGCCAGCGGCCGACCUGUGGUGGCUGCCAUGCCCAACGGCAGACAGGGCGGGGAGUUGGCCGCAGGGCUGCUUCAGCCCGAGCUGGUGAGCGUUCCGCUGGUGAAAGGGCCCGGAGGAUUCGGGUUCGCCAUCGCUGACUGUCCGCUGGGUCAGAAGGUGAAGAUGAUCCUGGACGCUCAGUGGUGCCGCGGUCUGCAGAAAGGCGACGUCAUCAAGGAGAUCAACAUGCAGAACGUCCAAACGCUGAGCCACGCCCAGGUGGUGGACAUCCUCAAGGACUUGCCUGUGGGCAGCGAGGUCAACGUGCUCGUGCUGAGAGGAGGUCAAACAUCGCCCGUGAAGAGUCUAAAGCCUAGACAGGAAAUGACGGCCAGCACAGAGACUCUGGAUGGCAUCAUGGACUCCGCCCCCAAGCGCUGCCUUACCACUCCAACACGAGCACCCUGCGCUCCGUGGAAUCCCCCAAACGAGACGCCACCGAGUUGUACCUGAAGUCCAAAGCUCUAUUGGACAGCAGACAGCCGCACACCAAAGACAUCGAUGUUUUCCUAAAGAGAGACAUUGAAACAGGUUUUGGUUUCCGUGUUCUGGGAGGAGAAGGUCCCCAGCAGCCAAAUGUCUUCCCGCAGGUGUACAUCGGGGCCAUUGUGCCCAACGGAGCGGCUGAGAAGGACGGGCGCCUGAGAGCCGGAGACGAACUCAUCGGCAUCGACGGCGUGAUGGUUAAAGGUCGUUCGCACAAGCAGGUGCUCGACCUGAUGACCAACGCCGCCAGAAAUGGUCAAGUGAUGCUGACUGUUCGCAGGAAGGUCAUCU